AUGGAUAGGUAUUUGGUGGAUGCAGCUAGUGGAGGAGCCCUCUCUGAAAAGACACCAGCAGCUGCUCAAGAGCUAAUCUCCAAGAUGGCACAGAAUGCCCAACAGUUUGGUACCAGGUCAGCCACUCCCAUGAGACAAGCCAAUGAGAUUGGUGUUGCUGCCAUCAAUGACCAACAGAGGAUAGAGAACAAACUGGAGGAAUUGGCCUCCAUGGUCAGACAGCUAGCCCUUGAUAAAGGACAGUCCAAAUCUCAGCAGGAGAAUAUAGAAGCCUGUGCUGGCAUUUUUCCAGGAAGACCCUUCCAGCCACAGCAACAAAGAUAUGAUCCAUAUGCUGCCACCUAUAAUCCAGGGUGGAGAGAUCAUCCGAACUUGAGUGAGCUACGGAGUCAAGGUUCGGGUCAGUUGCCUUCACAGCCAGUUUCAAAUCCAAGGGGCAAUGUAAGUGCUAUUGUUCUCCGCAGUGGCAAGGAGUUAAGCAGCCCACCCUCACCCUCUCCACAACCAGAAUUUGGGCAGCAACAAGAAAGCCAAAAAGAAGAUCAGCCUCCUCCCAUUCAAAAGGAUAAGCAGCCCACCACCAUUGAUCAAGAUAGAGGAGAGACUUCUCACAACCAUCCACUGCCAUUUCCUCACCGAGCCACUCAAAAUAAAAAGAGGGCAGAAGCUGAGUUGGACAAGGAGAUCAUGGAGACUUUCAGAAAAGUUGAGGUGAACAUACCACUCUUGGAGGCCAUCAGACAGAUUCCCAAGUAUGCCAAGUUUCUCAAAGACUUGUGCACCCACAAAAGGAAACUGAAAGGAAAUGAAAAAAUCAACUUGGGAAGAAAUGUGUCAGCAUUGAUUCAACCUGCCAUGCCUCAGAAAUGCAAAGAUCCAGGGACUUUCACCAUUCCUUGCACUAUUGGAAAUUUGCAAUUUCAUAAUGCUAUGUUGGAUUUAGGAGCCUCUAUUAAUGUGAUGCCUAAAUCUGUGUAUUCUUCUUUGCAGGCAGGUGCAGGCACAUUGACAUCUACAGGAGUGGUGGUCCAGUUGGCAAAUAGGAGCACAGCAUACCCUGAGGGAGUAUUAGAGGAUGUAUUAGUAAAGGUAAAGGAUUUCAUAUUCCCUGCUGACUUCUAUGUUUUGAAUAUGGAGGAUGAUCACACACCCGGACAAGCACCACUUAUUCUAGGUAGACCCUUCUUGAAGACUGCAAGGACAAUAAUUAAUGUGCAUGAGGGUACUUUAUCUAUGGAGUUCGCUGGUAACACCAUUCAAUUCAAUAUCAUUGAUGCCAUGAAGUAUCCCUUAGAAGAUCAUUCUGCCUUGCAUGUUAACUUUAUUGACUUAAUGGUGGAGAAAGCAUGUGUUGAGUUGUAG